GGGCGGGGUCUGGCUGUAAGGAAACAUGGCGGCGGCCUUGGAAAAUGAAUUGGAUAACGAUGAUUAUUAUUCUUUACUCAAUGUCAGGCGAGAGGCAACACAAGAGGAGUUGAAGGCGUCGUACCGAAGACUGUGUAUGCUCUACCACCCCGACAAGCAUAGAGACCCCGAACUCAAGCAGCAAGCAGAGCAACUCUUUAAUUUGGUACACCAAGCAUAUGAGGUCCUCAGCGACCCUCAGUCCAGAGCCAUAUAUGACAUCUUUGGAAAGAGAGGUCUGGAAGUUGAAGGAUGGGAGGUGGUGGAGAGGAAGAGGACGCCAGCGGAGAUCCGGGAGGAGUAUGAGAGACUGCAGAGGGAGAGAGACGAGCGGAGGCUUCAGCAGAGGACCAAUCCAAAGGGAACCAUAAGUGUAGGCGUGGAUGCCACAGACCUCUUCGAUCGCUAUGAGGAGGAGUAUGAAGACAUGCCUGGGGGAGGAUUCCCUCACGUUGAAAUCAACCGCAUGCACAUAUCACAGUCCAUUGAGGCCCCAUUAACAGCUAAGGACACAGCAGUCUUGGCAGGGUCUCUCUCGACACACAAUGGAAAUGGGGGUGGCAACAUCAACCUCUCCUUACGACGUGUCACAUCAACCAAUGGAUGGGGAGAGCUUGAGUUUGGUGCUGGCGACACUCGGGGACCCACAUUUGGAAUGAAGGUCUUCCGCAACAUAACCCCACGCUGUUUUGUGACAGCCCAGUGUGGUCUCCAGUUCUCGUCUCGAGGGGCAAGGCCCAGUGCCAGUACGAUGUGGGCGCGUCACCUGGACCAGAAUACCAUGGGCUACCUACAGUGGCGCUGGGGCAGCCAGUCCGCCAUGACCACCAGCAUCGUCAGGGACACCAAGACUAGCCACUUCACCCUGGCACUACAGCUUGGUGUGCCACAUUCCUACCUGAUGAUGAGCUACCAGUACAAGUUUCAGGAUGAUGACCAAACUAAGAUCAAAGGAUCCCUUAAGACGGGGUUCUUUGGCACUGUGGUGGAGUAUGGAGCAGAGCGUAAGAUUAGUCAACACAGUGUGCUGGCUGGUACCGUCAGCAUCGGAGUUCCCCAAGGCGUGUCCCUCAAAAUCAGGCUGAACAGGGCCAGUCAGACCUACCUCUUCCCCAUCCACCUAACGGACCAGCUGUUGCCCAGCGCAGUCUUCUACGCCACCGUGGGACCGCUGGUCAUCUACCUGGCUGUCCAAAAGCUGGUCAUCACCCCAUACGUGCGAGCCCAGAAGGAACAUGAGCUGCAGAAGCACAGGGAAAACUCUGCGUCAGACAUUGCCAAGAAGAAGCAAGAGGCCGAGUCUGCUAUUCAGCUGAUGCACGAGUCCGUGAAAAGAAUCAUUGAGGCCGAGGAGUCUAAGAUGGGUCUCAUCAUCCUCAAUGCUUGGUAUGGGAAGUUUGUGACGGACAACAGCCGUAAGAACGAAAGGGCAAAGGUCAUCGAUGUGACGGUGCCUCUUCAGUGUCUGGUCAAAGACUCCAAGCUCAUCCUCACAGAAGCCUCUAAGGCGGGCCUUCCUGGGUUCUAUGAUCCUUGUGUUGGGGAGGAGAAGAGUCUGAAGCUGCUGUAUCAGUUCCGGGGUGCAAUGCACCAGGUUUUGUCUGGAGACACAGAACCCCUCAGGAUACCCAAACAAUCACACAGGAUAGAGGCAGAGGAGACAUAGGGGAUCUCCACCAGCAGUGGCUGGGCAGACCAAUCCCACCCACCCCUCACCCACCCAGAAGAGGUGGUCCAGUUCUGGUUGGGCCCCAAGCAUCAGAGGAAGGAACACAAAAGGUUCUGGCCUCUGGUCUCUCAUCUCCUCAUAUUGUUCGUUCUUCAGCAGUGUGCAGCCUCAUCCAAUCCUCCAUCACUUCAACACUGUCACUCACAACCCACCCGAGACCCAGACAAACACCCACAGAGGUCAGGAAGCCAUGUCCAACAGGGAUUAUUGGUCUUUGUAUUUAUUUAAUCACAUAAAUAUGAAGCAGUCGUUUUUGCACUUUCUUUGCCCCUAUCCAGUGAAAUACUGUAAUACGGCGUAAUUGAAACCUUCUCACAAAGAGUCUCUUAUUUCCUACAUGUCUGAUCUCAGAAGUACCGGUAUGUCAUGUUGUUAAGCCUCACAUGAAAAUUGAAAGCGGUGCGGAAGAGAACAUACAAUGUGUCCGAGAUGCACUCACAUAUUGGGCAGAAUUGUAGUCUACUGGCAGUGGAAGGGAGACUGCGAGAUAUGGUGAGAGGCUGUCAGGUAUGGUGAAACGCACACCAGCCUGCGCUGACCCGAAAUGUGACAGUCAUGUUGAAGUGGACAGUGCCUCCCAUUUAUAGUUCUGUAAUUGUGUGGGUAACACUUAAGUGAUCAAUAGUAUUGAUCUCGCUGACUUGCAUGUGGAUGUACCACAUUUUAAUUUAAAGUACUGGGUCUGGUGCUAAAUGGUUGCUGGUCAAGGGACAUUUAUCUACAGUAUACCUGGUUAUCUAGUUGGACAUACUUGCUGUGUAAUAUAAGCUCAUGUCAAAAAAUGAAGUCAUUCUUUUUGUCACUUUCUGCCAAAUAGAUGUAGAAACCAUCGCCAGGCAGAUCUCCUUUGGUCAUACUAUUUGGAUGGCACCCAAACUGUUGCCUUCUCCAUUUAUAAGUGUUGUGUGCUUGUGUUUGAAUCGGUAAGGAUAUGGUACAUGAGGCUAACUUUACACGUUUUACCCUGUCAACAUUGUUUGAAUCUAAUGUGAAAGACAUGGUGAUUUGUGAGAAGCAGUAUGCCGUUCUGAGCCGUGGUCUCUUGCUCUUUUACCGACCAAAUGAAUGGAUACAUUUACAGGGAAAAAAGAGCACCAUUGAUGUAGGGAAAGCUGUGCAGACAUGUCUGGUAAUAGUAUUUACAUUGUUUUUCUUUAUCUCUACCUUGAAAUGUUAUCUGUCAUAUUGCUGAUGCCUUCCUAUGCUAUAUAUAUAAUACACACACACACACACACACACACACACACACACACACACACACACACACACACACACACACACACACACACACACACACACACUAGGGCAGUCAGAGGGACACUAAUAGUUAAGACUCAAAGAACACUGAACCUGAUGCCUGGGCGUGUGGUUCUCCAACUGAAAAAGUAGAAUAACCACUAUGUAAACCAACAAAACUGUAUUUUCUUGUGUAUGUUGUCUUUGUUUUGUUGUGUGUGUGCCAUAAUUUUGUUUCCCCUCAGUUUGCAAGGUCUCUCUGGUAUAACCCUGUUAUGUACGUGUUCAUGAAUAACAUUCAUUUUGUUUUGAUUUUUUCGCUGUGAAAGAAAGUCACAUGGACCUGGUACAUUUUAGAGGGAACAUAAAGAAAUACAUACUUCCUAGUAAGUUUGCCUUUUUCAGUUGGGAUGAGUGGAAUUAAGCAAAGGUGAACCAUUUCAGGAUAAUUCAGACCAUUUCUGGUAUGAAGUUUGUCUAUGUGUGUGAAUGUGAAUGAUGUCCUGGGUUGGUUCUGUCUGGAUGUCCCUGCUGAAAUGCAAUAACACUCAGUCAUACGGCUCUCACUGCUAGUUCAGUCACCCAGAUGAGGUGACGGUUCCCCUUGAUACCCUGCCCAGUCCUUACUUGUCCUGGAUGUUGUAUGUCAAAAGUCCUAUUGAAACAUGAUGGCAAGUGACCUGAUACAGUUGCAGCCUUAUUAUGUAAAGCAGGAAAUGGGGGGAGGAGUGAUCCCGUUCUCUGCCAAACAGACUUAUCCAUUAACGCAUGCAUCCCUGCUGUGUUCUGUGUAGCAUUACCAGUCCUGUUUUAUCUAUCAGCCCCUUGUCCUAAAAUAAAGAUAUGCUAAAUGCAUCAGUGGAGGGGGGACAUCACCCCACUCCUCCUGAGGAUGCAACCUGGACUCCACUCCUGACAUUACUGUUUCAUGGUAGCUUUUGGUCAUUUGAAAACCAUUAAAACAUCUCCAACGGA